AAGAGGAACUAAGUUGAGCAGAAUGCGGUUAUGUUAUGAAAGUAAAUUUGAGAUAUUUUCCAUUUUUUAGGAAGCUUCAUCAAGGGACAUGGCAGAAAUUUCCGUUGUUUCCUCACCAAUUUCUGCCCAAUUUCUCGUCAAGUACCCUAACUACUUCCGUAACCAACAAACUGGGAAAAACAAUCGCAUGUCUCAUUGGCAUCAAUCCCAGAACAGCUUUAGUAGCUUAUGCAGAAACUUGUAUCGCUAUCAUAAAGAUACUUUCCACUCAUGGCUGCGUCAGAGAAGGGAGAGCCUUUCAUGGGCAUUUGAUCAAAAUGGGAAUCUCAUCAGAUCGAUAUAUAAGCGUUAAGCUCCUGAUCAUGUACUUGAAUUGCAAGACAUGUAUUGAUGUUAAGGAGAUCCUGAGAGAAUUCGGUGGAUUUGAUAUUGUUGCCUGGAAUUGCAUGAUCACGGCCAACGUCCAGCAGGGUAAUCUGGAAGCAGCUCGUCAGUUGUUCGAUGAAAUGCCAAAGAGAAAUGAAGUUACCUGGACUGCGUUGAUUUCGGGGUUCAUGAAAUUUGGAAGAGUGGAUGAUUCAUUGUGGUUUUUCGAGAGGAACCCCUUUCAGAAUGUGGUUUCUUGGACUGCAGUAAUUAGCGGUUUUGUUCGGAAUGGGUCAAAUGUUGAAGCCUUGAAUCUUUUCUGUAAAAUGCUUGAGUAUGGAACCAAGCCAAACAAUGUGACCUUUACUUCCAUUCUAGGAGCUUGCAUUGGGUUGGGUGAUCUUGAAUUAGGCAGGAGUAUUUUGGGAUUGAUUGUUAAAUUGGGGUUUGAAAACAAUUUAUCUGUUUGUAAUACUCUAAUAACAUUUUACGUAAGGAUGGGUGAAUAUGACUUGGCAAGGAGAGUUUUCGAUCGUAUGGAGGGCAGAGACGUAAUUUCUUGGAGUGCAAUCCUCGAUUUAUAUGUUGAGAUGGGGGAAUUGUUAGAAGCACGUCGGAUUUUUGAUGAGAUGCCUGAGAGAAACGAAGUUUCUUGGAGUCAAAUGAUUGCAAGGUAUAGCCAGUGUGGGGAUGCCAAAGAAGCAUUGAAACUUUUUGUUGACAUGCUUUGUAAUGGAUUUCGACCAACUUUCUCUUGCUAUUCUAGCAUUCUUAGUGUGUUGGGUAGCAUAGACAGUUUGCGAAUGGGGACAAGCAUUCAUGGACAUGUUAUCAAAAUUGGAAUUGAAAGGAACAUCUUUAUAGGUGGUCCUCUGAUUGACAUGUAUUGUAAAUGUGGAAAGACUCUGGAUGGACGUCUUGUCUUUGAAUUGAUUUCAGAGAGGAACGUCGUAUGUUGGAAUUCUAUGGUUGCAGGAUAUGGUCUGAAUGGCCAACUAGAAGAAGCUAAAGAGUUGUUUGAGCAGAUCCCUGAGAGAAAUAAUAUCUCCUGGAAUUCAAUGAUUUCUGGUUAUGCACAAAACGAACAGUGUCAUGAGGUGUUGGAGGUUUUCGAUCGGAUGUUGUUGUCUGGAGAAAAUCCUAACGAAUCUACAUUCUCCAGUGUCCUGCGUGCUUGUUCAAGCUUGGCCUACCUAGAGAAAGGCAAGAACCUUCAUGGGAAGAUUGUCAAACUGGGGAUUCAGUAUGAGCUCUUUGUGGGGACUGCACUUACUGAUAUGUAUGCAAAAUCUGGGGACAUAGAAAGUUCUAAGAGGGUUUUCAAUAAAAUGCCAGAGAAGAAUGAGGUCUCUUGGACUGCAAUGAUUCAAGGGCUUGCAGAUAAUGGGCUUUCAGAGGACUCGCUUACUCUGUUUGAGGAAAUGGAAAGAACAUUGAAUGUGGCUCCUUCUGGGCUUAUGUUCUUAGCUGUUCUUUUUGCUUGUUCUCAUUUUGGAUUGGUUGAGAAAGGGUUUAAGUACUUUGAGUCAAUGGAAAAGGUCUACGGUAUAAAACCAACUGGUAGACACUAUACUUGCAUUGUUGAUUUGCUAGCACGAUCAGGGCGCCUUAGAGAGGCUGAAAAUUUCAUUAAAGCGAUGCCAUUUCAACCUGAAGCUAAUGCAUGGGCUGCUCUAUUGAGUGGUUGUAGUGUUCAUAAGAAUGAGGAGAUAGCAGAAAGGACAGCUAAGAAGAUCUGGGAAUUGUUGGAGGAGAACUCAGCUGGUUAUGUCUUGCUGUCAAAUAUAUAUGCUUCGGCUGGGAGAUGGAGUGAUGUUUCAAGAGUGAGAAAAUUAAUGAGGGACAAGGGAUUGAAGAAGAUUGGUGGGUGUAGUUGGAUUGAGGUGAGGAAUCAAGUCCAUUCUUUUUAUUCUGACGGGUGCCACUCACAUUUGGCUGAUAUUGUUAGGGUUUUGGAGCUCCUGAUGUCUGAGAUGAUGGUUAGUAGUCUAAGUGGUGAUUUUGAAGUUUAGGUUUAAACAACACAUGAAAGGCAUUGCUGAGUUCUUAUUAGAUGGAUUUCAUUUAUCAGAAAUUAUUCAGAGCUCCUGGUGGUUAAUAUGGGUUUA